AUGAGCGACUCGGACAGCGAUUUCAUGGACGACACGCCCAAAAAGAAGGCACCAGCAAAGAAGACAACUCCAAAGAAAAAGAAGAAUGAUGACGCCGAUACAUCAAUGGCGAUGACAGAGGAGGAUCGCAAUGUCUUCACAUCCAUCGACACGAAAAACGGUGGCUCAAAGAAAAUGGCUAUCGAGGAUAUCUACCAAAAGAAAUCCCAACUCGAGCAUAUCUUGCUUCGUCCGGAUACUUACAUCGGAUCCGUGGAAUAUACUGAACAGACGCCCAUGUGGGUCUUCAACACCGAGAAGAACCAAUUGGAGCAGCGUGAUAUCCGCUACGUUCCUGGUCUUUACAAAAUUUUCGAUGAAAUCUUGGUUAACGCUGCUGAUAACAAGCAGAGAGAUCCAAAAAUGAACACCAUCAAAGUUGUCAUUGACAAAGAGAGAAAUUCGAUUUCUGUGUACAACAAUGGAAAAGGAAUUCCAGUAACUCUACACAAAGUUGAGAAGGUCUACGUUCCAGAGCUCAUCUUCGGAACUCUUCUCACAUCAUCCAACUACAACGACGACGAGAAAAAAGUUACCGGAGGUCGUAACGGAUACGGUGCCAAGCUUUGUAACAUCUUCUCUACGAAGUUCAAAUUGGAAACUUCUUCAAAAGAGUACCAUAAGAAGUUUUCCCAAACAUGGGUGAAAAACAUGACCAAGGAAGCUGACCCAGACGUUGAGAAGAGCACUGGCGAGGACUUUACCAAAAUUACCUUCAGCCCAGAUCUCAGCAAGUUCAAGAUGAAGGAGCUUGAUGAUGAUAUUUGCCAUUUGAUGGCCCGACGUGCCUACGACGUAGCUGGAUCCACCAAGGGUGUCACCGUUUUCCUUAACGGAGAGAGAAUCCCAGUCAAAGGAUUUGAGGAUUACGUUAAAAUGUACACUAAUCAGUUUCAAAAUGAAGGAGAACCGCUCAAAAUCGCUUAUGAACAAGUUGGAGAUCGUUGGCAGGUCGCUUUGGCUCUCUCGGAGAAAGGCUUCCAACAAGUAUCUUUCGUUAAUAGUAUCGCUACUACCAAAGGAGGACGACAUGUCGACUAUGUUGCCGAUCAGAUGGUUGCCAAAUUCAUCGAUUCUAUCAAGAGAAAAUUGACAAAGACUGCUAUGAACAUCAAGCCAUUCCAGAUCAAAAAUCACAUGUGGGUCUUCGUUAACGCUCUCAUUGAGAAUCCAACUUUCGAUUCUCAAACCAAGGAAACGAUGACUCUCCAAUCUAAGUCAUUUGGAUCUACCUGUACAUUGAGUGAGAAGUUCUCUAAGGCUGCUGGCAAUGUUGGAAUCACUGACGCUGUCAUGACAUGGGUCCGAUUCAAACAGAUGGAUGAUUUGAACAAAAAGUGUUCCAAGACGAAGACCUCGAAGCUGAAGGGUAUUCCAAAGCUCGAGGACGCCAACGACGCUGGAACAAAAAAUUCGCAACAGUGUACGCUCAUCCUUACUGAGGGAGAUUCUGCUAAGACUUUGGCGGUUUCCGGACUUUCGAUCGUCGGUCGUGAUAAGUACGGAGUCUUCCCACUUCGUGGAAAGCUUCUCAACGUUCGCGACGGUAAUAUGAAGCAAAUCGCGGAUAAUGCUGAAAUCAACGCAAUGAUCAAGAUUCUUGGACUUCAGUACAAGAAAAAGUAUGAGACGGAUGAUGAUUUCAAGACUCUCCGUUACGGAAAGGUGAUGGUGAUGGCUGAUCAAGAUCAGGACGGUUCACACAUCAAAGGUCUCGUCAUCAACUUCGUUCACCAUUUCUGGCCAUCCCUCAUUCAGCGUAAUUUUGUUGAAGAAUUCAUCACUCCUAUUGUGAAGGCAACGAAGGGAAAGGAAGAGAUUUCUUUCUUCUCGAUUCCGGAAUAUUCGGAGUGGAGAAUGAAUACUGAAAAUUGGAAAACCUACAAAAUCAAGUACUACAAGGGAUUGGGUACUUCCACAUCAAAGGAAGCCAAGGAAUACUUCUCCGACAUGGUCCGCCAUCGUAUCAGAUUCAAGUACACUGGAGCUGAUGACGACAAUGCUGUCGAUAUGGCUUUUUCGAAAAAAAAGAUUGACGAGAGAAAACACUGGUUGACCAAGUGGAUGCAAGAGAAGAAGGCCAGAAAGCAACAAGGACUCGCUGAGGAGUAUCUUUACAACAAGGACACUCGCACGGUGACAUUCAAGGACUUUGUCAACCAGGAGUUGGUUCUUUUCUCCAAUUGCGAUAAUGAACGUUCCAUUCCAUGCCUUGUUGACGGGUUCAAGCCUGGACAAAGAAAGGUUCUCUUCGCUUGCUUCAAAAGAGCAGACAAGCGUGAAGUCAAGGUUGCUCAGUUGGCUGGAGCUGUCGCCGAACUUUCUGCAUACCAUCACGGAGAAGUUUCGCUGAUGGGAACCAUCAUUAAUCUUGCUCAAGACUAUGUUGGAUCUAACAACAUCAACGUGUUGCUUCCAAUCGGACAGUUUGGUACUCGUCUCCAAGGAGGAAAGGACAGUGCUUCGGCUCGUUAUAUUUUCACCCAGCUUUCUCCAGUCACACGCUCCGUCUUCCCAGCUAAUGAUGACAAUGUCCUUCGUUUCUUGUACGAAGAGAAUCAACGUAUCGAGCCGGAAUGGUACUGCCCAAUCAUUCCAAUGGUUUUGGUCAAUGGUGCUGCCGGAAUCGGAACUGGAUGGUCUACCAACAUUCCUAACUACAAUCCACGGGAGCUCGUAAAGAACGUGAAGAAGCUUAUUGCUGGAGAAGCCCAGAAAGCCCUCGAUCCAUGGUACAAAAACUUCCGCGGAAAAAUCAUUCAAAUUGAUCCAUCUCGUUAUGCUUGCUACGGAGAGGUCGCUGUACUUGAUGACAACACCGUUGAAAUCACUGAGCUGCCAAUCAAGACCUGGACUCAGGAAUACAAGGAGAAGGUUCUCGAAUCGUUGAUGGAGAGUACAGACAAGAAGACCCCAAUCGUUUCUGACUACAAGGAGUACCAUACUGACACCACUGUCAAGUUUGUCGUCAAACUGUCGCCGGGAAAGCUUGCUGAGUUGGAACGUUCCGGAGAUCUUCACACUGUUUUCAAACUUCAACAAGUCAUCAAUACAACCUGCAUGGUUCUUUUCGACGCUGCUGGAUGUCUUCGCACAUAUACCACUCCAGAAGAAAUCACUCAAGAAUUCUUCGAUGUCCGUAAGGAGAAGUACAUUCAAAGAAAGGAAUACAUGGUCGGAGUUCUUCAAGCUCAAAGCAAGCGGCUCACCAAUCAGGCUCGCUUCAUUCUCGCUAAGAUCAACAACGAGAUCAUUAUGGAAAACAAGAAGAAGGCGUCUAUCGUUGAGACCCUCAUCAAAAUGAAGUUCGAUCCAGACCCGGUCAAGAAGUGGAAGGAAGAGCAGAAACUGAAGGAGCUUCGUGAAUCUGGAGAGGUGGAACUCGACGAAGAAGACCAAGUUGAUGAGGAAGGAGACGGAGAGGGAACAUCAGCUUCAUUUACCACGAAGGUUCUCGAAACCAGACUAUCCGACUACGACUACCUCGUCGGAAUGGCACUCAUCAAGCUUUCCGAAGAAGAGAAGAACAAAUUGAUAAAAGAGUCCGAGGAUAAGCUCGCAGAAAUGAAGGAGCUUGAGAAGAAGACUUGGCAAGAUCUCUGGCAUGAGGAUUUAGACAACUUUUUGGUUGAGCUUGACAAACAGGAGGCAAAAGAAAAGAAAACCAUCGCUGCUGCUGAGGUUCUUCCAUCGAAGGACGGACAACGUAUCGAGCCGAAGGUUGAUGCUGCAUUGAAAGCCAAGUAUGAGAAGAUGUCACAGCCAAAGAAGGAACGUGUCGUGAAGGAACCAAAGGAGCCGAAGAAAGAGCCAAAGAAGGAGAAGCCCGAAGGACAGGACAUCAAGAAGUUCAUGUCUCCAGCUGCCACCAAGUCUCCAAAGAAGAAAGAGAGAGAUGGAUGGUCAGAUGCCGAUCAGAUGUCUGGAUCUGAUGUUGAAUUCAACGAACUCUCCGACUCCGAUAACGACGAAGUCGUGAUUCGUAAACCAACCGCAAGAAGCACUGCACAGAAGCGUAAGAUCGAGUCAGACGACGACAUCAUUCUCGACUCCGAUUCGGAUACAGAGAAGAAGAAGAAACCAGCUGCCAAGAAGCCAGCACCGAAGAAGAAGAAGAGCGAGUUCAGCGAUUUGGAAGGGGCCAGCGAUGAUGAUUCAGAUGAUGGUACGAAACCAUCGACAAGCACCAAGAAAGCUGUUCCAGCAAAGAAGGCUGCUCCGAAGAAGGCUGAGCCCAAGAAGAAGACCGUAGACGAGUACUUCUCAAAGAAGUCUUCCAAGAAGGCAGCAUCAUCUGAGGAUGACGACAAUGAUGAUGAUGAUUCAUUCGUCAUUGCUCCGAGAGAGACAACUGGAAGAGCUCGCAAGGGACCAGUGUCAUACGCCACUCUUGACUCGGAUUCGGAAUAA